AUGAAUGAGUUACUGCAAAAACAUGGAUGCUCAAACGUGUUCACAGUUCCUGAGGGUCUAAAAGAAUUAAUGUCCGAUAUUACCCGAGAAGUGCUCAGAGUUCAACCAAUAAAGCUUCUCGACUUUAUAGCGAACUAUCUGUCAGCCUUGAUCAUCACGCGCGAGCAUGGCAUCAUGGCGGUUAGUAUCCUCGACGACCUGUGUGACUGUCGCCCUUCAGUCUCCGAGCAUUUACUGCAGCUUGGCCUGGAGCGUCCUCAGGCUGCAACUUUAUCAGAGAUCAUCAAGACUGAAAUUGAAUUGAUAGAACCUGUACCAGGAAAAGAAAACAUCAAAGAGUACUUAAUACUGAAGAAGUUGCUCACCAAGGUACCAAUGGACGAGGAAUUGUCAGCUAAAGUUUGUCAAGUGGUGAGGAACGCUUACAGAGACUUCUGGUACAGAAAGGAUUUACUGAAAAAGGGUAUGAAGAAGACGCCAGAAGAGCCGUGGGAAAUCGCUGCACAGCAUACCCUAGAGUUGUACAAAAAAACCAAACCCUCAUUGGUGGAAUUACAUCGAGCUACUGAAAAGAUCCAAGCUGCCUAUAAAGGCUACCACAUUCGUAGAAAUGUAUUGACCCACUUGCUUCCGAAGAAGGAUAAAAAGUAUGGCCGAAAGGUGGACUUAUCCGGACCACCAUUGGACGUUGCAGCAUCCAGAGAGAUAGACCUAGGGCCAGUCGUUAAUAUAAGAACAUGCAUCAAAGAAGAUAAUGUUGAUAAAUUAUUUGACGAAGAGAAAAAGAAGAAGCUCGGUAUACACUACGAUCCCUUAAAGACCAUCACUCAUGAGGAGGACCUCCGUGCGCCUUCGAAGAAAGGCGUCAAAUUAUUUGGAGAUUUUGUGGAUGAGGACGAAGAUGAAGACAAACCUUACGAGUCCAGAGCCAAUGUUGUUGACGAAACUCUACACGUAGAUAAAGAAGCGCUCGAAGCCGAUGAAAAACAAAUGGCACGUGGCACCAGAAUAUCUUUUUCGGGGAUUCCAGAAGUUAUCUCUAAGCAUGAAAGAAUAGAAGAUACUUUGGCUGAGGUGCCAGAAGAGAGAGUAGAGCAUUUAGGAUUCGAUGAAGAUUUUCAAUAUGAAGUACCUGAAGACAUAGGUGAAGUUUACGACGAUUACACAGAGAGUGGCGCUCAGUCAGCUCCUGACACGGCUGACAACACUGAUGUUGAAGAUUUGACUGUAGAUGGCGAAGGCGGAGAAUAA